AUGGCUUUCAUUGCGUCUUUGGCCAAAGUGCUUUGCAUACAUGUGGCGUUGGUCAUGGGCGUGCUGCUGUAUGAACUCAGCAUUCUGUACAACUCCUUCAGCAGAUACAAGCCGGCCUUGCAAGAUCCGAGCCGGACAAUGCGGGCGGCGCAGUUUGCCAAGCCAGGGCCGGCCGAGGUGAUUCAGCUGGCAGAGAUUCCACGACCAAUGUGCUGCGAAACAACGCAAGUCCUCAUCAAAGUCCACACUGGGAGUUUGAACCCUGUAGACUUCAAGCAAAGGAGGAAUCCGUCAGUGGAGUACUUGCGGCCUUUGCCUGCUGUUUCGGGCCUGGAUUUUUCUGGACAAGUUGAGCAGAUCGGAUCAGGGGUGCUGGGGUUCCGACCUGGAGACAGCGUGUAUGGCAUGCUACCGAUACAGGGCCAGAGCUGGGGCGCAUUCCAAGAAUAUGUUGUUACCAAUUACACCAUCAUCGCCCACGUGCCCUCCACAAUCUCGCCCAGGGAAGCGGCAGGAUUGCCUUUGGUUGGGCUCACUGUAGUGCAAGCCCUGGCACCCGUCCUCCGCAUUUGGCAACGAAGUGGCGAGAGCAGCAAGGGGAAGAAGAUCUUGGUGCAAGCUGGUGCUGGCGGGGUCGGCUCCUUCGCGAUUCAGUACUGCAAGAAUGUGUUGGGCAUGCACGUGGUGACUACUGCGAGUGCUGCCAAGGAAGAACUGGUCAGGAGUUUGGGCGCUGACCAGGUCAUCAACUACAGGACGACCCGCUUCGAAGAUGUGCUUAGAGACCUCGACGUGGUCCUCGACCCAGUGACGCAGGAGUACGAGGCACGCACGCUAUCCUCGCAGGUCCUCAAGCCAGGCGUGGGCCACUACAUCAACAUUCUGAGCAGCGACUGGGAGCCACAUGACGGUGAACUGGGCCCGCUCCUGAUUGCCCGGCCGCUUCUCAAGAAGUGGGGCAACAGCUUGCUGGCAGAUUACUUUGGUAUUGGGCUGUACUAUCAUUGCGAUCCGGUGAGCCCCGACGCGGCUGCACUGCGGAGCAUUGCCAGCUGGGUCGAUGCAGGCAGCAUCAAGCCGGUCAUAGAUCGCUCCUUCGCACUCAAAGAGGUGGCACAGGGCCACGAGUACUUGGAGACGGGCCGAGCCUCUGGCAAGGCCAACGCGGUCGCCAUCCCCAGACUCGCGAUCCGAUGUUGCGUCGCGGCGAUCUUCGCCACGACCCGGCUCACCGAGCCGAGUGCUCAAGUCAGGGCCGGGGGCGGAUGCUCGGGCUCACCUCAGCGGUCGUGCAGCGUGACACCUGCAGCUGAAGUUCCCACUGGCAGGCCUCGUAAAAAAGGUGGCGCUGUGCAGUUCAACGCUUCGCACAGCGAUUACGAGGUUGUGGCGCAAGCUGCUGAGGAGCGAGGAUGGCGUGUAGUCAAGUGCGAAGACAAGGCUACGAUGUGCAACAUCCACUGGAUAGACGAUGCCAACAUCGGCGAUUGGAUCCGAAAGGUAGAGCCCUGGAUGAGGAUCAAUCAUUUUCCAGGAAUGAACAAUGCCCUGGCGCGAAAAACUCGCCUGGCAAGGAAUAUGACCAGAAUGCAGAGACUAUUUCCAGCUGCGUAUCGCUUCGUACCUCCCACUUGGGUCAUUCCAGAUGACCUUGGAGACCUGGAGAAGAGAUUUGGCAACCAAGACUCCAAGGUCUUUUAUAUCGUCAAGCCGGAUCACCUGUGCCAGGGUCGGGGCAUUUUCCUUACCACCGAGCUGGACCGUCUGCGCCAGGCAGCCGAAGAGAGCCGCAAAAAAAACGAGGCCACCGUCGUCCAGAGAUACCUUUCCAGGCCGAUGCUCAUUGAAGGUCUCAAGUUUGAUCUGCGGCUAUACUUCCUUGUGUCAGCCAAGAAGGCCACUGGGGAAGCUGGACUCGACUUGCGUUGCUUUCUCUUCCGCGACGGGCUGGUACGACUGUGCACGACACCAUAUCAGCCUCCCACUGCGGAGACUAUGAAUGAGAAGUGUAUGCAUCUCACAAAUUAUGCCGUCAACAAGAACAGCUCCAAUUUUCAGCAGAAUGAUGGGGAGGACGAUGGCGCUGGUAGCAAGCGAUCUUUGCGGUGGUUCAUGUCCUACAUCGGUGAAACCUACGGCGAGAAGGAGCGCCGGAAACUGUGGUUGAAACUGAUGGGUGUUUGCAUGAAGACGGUCCUCAUGGUCAAGCCGACCCUGGAGACGGAGUACGAUGGAGCGUUUCCACGUGAUUUGACUGGCGGUCAGAUGGGCUGCAGGUGCUUUGAAUUGCUCGGCAUCGACGUCAUGCUUGACGCAAAAAUGAAGCCCUAUCUCAUAGAGGUGAACCAUCUGCCUAGUUUCACCUGUGAUUCGCCGCUGGACGAGGACAUAAAGAGGCGCCUGGUCAGCCAGACAUUGGACCUCACCUGUGGGUCACUCUCUGGUAAGGACCGAAAACUUUACGAGCAACUUGUUCGGGAAAGACGGGAGGCAGGGCAGCCUGGUGGGAGCACCCCCAGCCCGGAAACCGCCAAGAUUGAGGCGAAGCUCUGCAGCGAGGCAGAGCCAAGUAUGCUGGACCUUCCGGUGUACGAGGAUCUGGCUGUGCAUGUGCUGAUCAGCUUUGCUUUGCACGUAGGAAGCAAGCCGUGCGGGUCCAUGGGGAAGGGCACUAACGGGUCCAGCGGGAAAGGUACAGAUGGCACCCAAGACGAGCCCAGCUGUUUACGACAGGGCCCGCAAGGCCUGUCCAAACUUGCCUACAGUUCCCUGCAGAAGCAACGCCUGAAGGCGGAUUGCAAGGACUAUCUGCCUAAUGUCCUGAGUGGCAAGCCCAAAGCUGUCAAGAAGGAGGCUAUGUCAGCUUCUCCAAAGGACGCAGAGGUCAUCAAAAAGCUGUUUCCUCAAACCUAUGAUACUCCGCUCGUGGAGUUUGAAGCCGGAUCAGCGCAGGAACAUGGAGAGGCACCUGUCAAGGUGGGAGUGGUGCUCUCGGGUGGCCAGGCGCCAGGUGGGCACAACGUCAUUGCUGGAAUUUUUGACGGCAUCAAGGCAUGGCACAAGGAUUCCACAAUGAUCGGCUUUCUGGACGGACCGCACGGGAUCUUCACGGGCAAUUUCGUAGAAAUCACAGAUGACAUUAUGGAUGGAUUCCGCAACACUGGUGGAUUUGACAUGCUGGGCAGCGGCCGCCACAAGAUCGAAUCCGAGGAUCAAUUCAAAGACUCGAUGGCAGUGUGCAAUGCUAUCGGCCUGGAUGGGUUGGUCGUCAUCGGAGGGGAUGACUCGAACACGAAUGGUGCAGUACUGGCUGAGUACUUCAAGGCAAAUGGUUGCAAGACGAAGGUCGUAGGUGCUCCAAAGACCAUUGACGGCGACUUGAAGUGCCCGCCGCACAUCCCUGUCUCCUUCGGCUUUGACACGGCUUGCAAGACCUACGCCACAUUGGUAGGAAAUGUGGCAGUGGAUGCACUGAGCGCACAGAAGUACUACCACUUAGUUCGCUUGAUGGGCCGUUCCGCAUCGAACAUCGCCUUGGAGGUGGCUCUGCUUACGAGACCGAACAUGUGCCUUUUGGGAGAGGAGGUGGCCGAGGGAAAGAGAAGCCUGAAGGACAUCACCAUGGACAUGGCAGACAUGAUCGAGGCCAGGAGCAAGGAUGGCAAGGACUAUGGCGUCAUCAUUCUGCCCGAGGGCCUGAUUGAGUUCAUCCCAGAGUUCAACGCCUUGAUCUCAGAGAUCAACGACAAGCUCUCCCAGCCAGGUGUGGAAGCAACUGAGGAGGGCGUCCUGGCUGUCCUGUCCAAGGAGAACGCAGAGUGCUUUAGGUACCUGCCAGGAUUUAUUCGCGCACAGCUGCUUCUGGAUCGUGAUCCACACGGCAAUGUUCAGGUGGCCAAGAUUGAAACAGAGAAGCUCUUAGCUGCCACCGUGCACACGGAGCUGGACAACCGCCGCGCCAAGGGGUACAAGGGCACCUUCUCCCCGCAGUUUCAUGCAUUUGGCUAUGAGGGCCGUGCAGGACUGCCAACCGUCUUCGAUGCGUCCUACUGCUAUGCGCUGGGAUACACUGCCUCGUCCUUGCUGGUCACUGGCUGCACUGGGCUCAUCGCGAGCGUCAAGAAUCUGCUGGCGCCAUGCAAGGAUUGGCAGUGCGGCGGAGUACCCGUCACGUCCCUGUGCGUUAUCGAGCGGCGCAAGGGCAAGGACAAGCCUGUGAUCCGCAAAGCACUUGUGGAGCUUGAGGGCACUUUGUCGCAACCGUUUGAGUUCUACAAACGCAUCCGAGACCAGCUGCGCAUUUGCGACAUGUACCGAAACCCGGGCCCGAUCCAGUUCGACAUGAUCGGCUGCGAAGCCUCGAAGGACAUUCCAAUGACACUCCAGCUGGAGCUUGGCAGGACGAUCUCGGUGGAGUUCCCCAGCGAGAAGCCCAAGAGGAUGGGCAACUUCCUCUUUCUUCCGCAUGCGAAGAAGCUGCGCUCAGAGCUGCAGCAAUGGCGCUCAGGAAGGCAGCAUCGUCUCCCGGCGUCGCUGAGCGCUUUCAAUGGAAAUGCCGUCACUGUUAUCCGGGGAGAGGAAACCGUCGUCAAUGACCACACGGAGGUCGUUUCCCGUUACUUCUCGGAAGUGCAUGCUCCCUUGCUGGACAUCCUUCCGACGGAGGAGCGGACCGCUCCGAUCGAGAACAAGAGGAUCGGUGUCGUCUUCUGCGGCCGGCAGGCGCCGGGCUGUCACGACUUUGUGUGUGGCUUGGUGGACAUGCUGCCCCCCAACUUUGGCAACAAAGUCCUCGGCUUCGUGGGCGGAACACAUGGCUUCAUGGAGAAGCAGACAGUGGAGCUCACGCCCGAGCUGUGCGAGGCUUUCCGUGGAACAGGUGGCUUGGAAAUGCUUGGGCGAACAGUCGAUCGCAUCAACACGAAGGAUGAGUCCGAGAGCGCCAUGCAUGCCUGCCAGGAGCUGAACCUGGACGGGCUUGUCUUAGUGGGCGGCGCGCGCACGAACACGGAUGCUGCUUACCUGGCCGAGUUCUUCAAGACCAACAAGGUGAAAACAGCUGUGGUCGGAGUUCCUUGCGGCAUCGAGGGCAGCAUGGUGAACGAAUUCGUGGAGGCGUCCUUGGGCUUCGACUCUUGUGCAAAAGCCAUGUCGCAAUUGGUUGGCAAUACAGCCAUCGACGGCUCCAGCGCUCGAAAGUACUAUUACUUCCUCAAGCUUAUGGAUGGCUCCACCACAGGAGGCAAGGUUCCCUCGUCCCAUGUGGCGCUGGAAGUUGCGCUUGAGACGAAGCCAAACCUGCUACUCCUGACGGAGGAGGUAGAUGAGCACCGGACAUCAUUGCGGGAACUGGUGAGUGACAUCGCUGAUGUCGUCUCCGAGCGUGCCAACUCAGGGAAGAACUUUGGCACAGUCCUUGUGGCGGAGGGCCUGCUGGCAGCCAUUCCCGAGUUUCGCACCCUCAUCACUGAGCUAGAGGCGCUACCAAUGCCCAGCACCGUGGAGAAGGUGUUGCCGAAGCUAACAACUUGGUCCGCUGCGCUCUUCCAGAGCCUUCCAGAGUUUAUCCAGAAGCAGCUGCUGUUGGCUAGGCAGAGCAACGCUGCCCUCCAGCUGUCGCAGCUUGAGACAGAGCGGCUCAUGGCCUGGCUUGUCGAAGACGAGCUAAAGCAUCGCAAGAAGCAGGGCACGUUCAAGGGCAGCUUUUCGCCUGUCUGCCAGUUCCUGGGCUACCAGGCACGUUGCUCAGUUCCGUCCGACUUCGACAGCGACUAUGCAUAUGCCCUAGGUGGCUGUGCUGCGAUCCUGGGCUGCAGGGGCCACAACGGCUACAUGGCAGUGGUUUCCGACCUGGCUCAACCAGUUGAACGAUGGCACGUCGGAGGCGUUCCAUUCACGGCAAUGCUGCAGGUGCCGCCCACCUUGCCCAAGGAGUCCUUCCGACCUCGACCAGGCAUCUUCCCGCACAAGGUGGAGCUGGAGAGCGGAGCAUUUAGAUCUUGGAAGGAGGUCCGUGCAGCUUGCGCCAAAGAAGAACUCUACGAGAACCCUGGUCCCAUCCAGCUGUCAGGGCCCAGCGCAAGCCGCGUCACCAAGACCAUUGCGACUCGCUUCUCGUAUCUGCAAGAGCUGAAGGCGCUUCAGCGCCACCUCGAGGCCCUGAGCACCCGAUGCCGGCCUGGCUGCGAUCUCCGACAGGUCAAGGUGGCAACUCAAUCUUUGGCAACUUUGAAUUCCAUCCUGGAUGAACUCGCAGGGCCAUCUUCAGCAAGCCCAAUGCUUGAGCGGGCCAUGAGGUGA